AUGAAUGAGUUCAGAAUGCGUCAAAGAAUUAUUCAACAAAUUUUGUUGGUGCUAUAUUUCCUUUUGAGUUAUAGUAGGGUACAAGGAGAAAAGAAACUUUCUGAAUUAGAGGACGCGGAGCUAGAGAAACAAUUAAAACUUUUGAACAAGCCAGCGGUUAAAAUAAUUAAGACUAAAUAUGGGGAUACAUACAAUUGUGUUGAUUUCUACAAACAACAUGCAUUUGAUCAUCCGUUACUGAAGGACCAUAAUUUUCAUUCCGAUAUGAAACCAACUUUCCGUGGGAUAAAACAAAAUCAUGAUGCAACAUCUACUAGGUCAUCAACAAUAUGGUUAAACGAUGAAGGUUGUCCUUUUGGAACUGUUCCCGUUAGGAAAAUUACGAAGGAUGAUCUUAUAAGACAAAAAAGUAUGCCACCGCCAGAAAAUGUCGAAUUUGACGAUCAAUUUAUCGAUAGCAACAAUAAUAGAGAGCAAAAAGGAAGCUACACAUCAUCACCGUAUAAGCUUGCAAUUGUUCGAACUGUGACCAAGCCAGAUAAUAAGUUUUGGGGUGGUGGAAUGAUAGCUAAUUUGCACAAUCCUCACGUUGAAGGACAACAAAGUAGUGCUUGUCGAGUAAAAGUUCAUAACGGACGGGAUAUUCUUCAAGCUGGUUGGAGAGUAGAUCCAACACUAUACGGGGAUAACCAAACUAGGCUUUUCAUACAUUUUCAGGCAGGUAAAACUCAGUGUUUCAAUACACUGUGUCCAGGCUUUGUACACGCAAACCAAAAUAUACCUCUUGAUAUGCCAUACAAGGACCGUAUUUCACAACCCGGAAAGACGGUAUUGGAGGAAACAUUCUACAUUGUUGAGGAUCUUCUUGACAACUGGUGGCUUUUACUGGGCGAAAACUCUGAAAAAAUUGGAUAUUGGCCGCGAAAGAUCUUCACCGACCUAACAAGUUUUGCUAUGAAAGUGGAGUGGGGAGGAGUUGUUUAUAGUCCACCAGGCGUACCUGAACCUCCAAUGGGAUCAGGGAAUUACCCCAUUGAAGACAUUCAUUCUGAUUCUUAUUGUAAGAACAUUGCAAUUAUAGACACGAAAGCAAACAAAGUCGAAAUAGAUACAGCAGUGAUACGUCUCGAUAGUCGUUUGUACGAUCUUAUAUUUAAACAAUUUGAGGAUGGUGCAAAUACUUUUGUUUAUGUUCUUUAUGGUGGACCUGAUUUCGCCGGAGAAAUCAGAGAUGAAGAAGUUUUAGGGGAAUUUCGGGACUGUGGAGAAUCGAUUCUACGAUGUAGAGCUUAUUCCGGUUGUAGUGUAUUCUGUGAAGAUGCAAAAAUGGUGAUCCCCCAACUCGAUCAAACCCCCUCCCAAAAGAUAACCGAGCAAACCCCGAAACAGUUCCUACGAAAUACGACAAUUUCUAAGGAUCAGUCGCCGAUUUUAGGCAUUUUCCGACAGGUUUUCAAAAUUGAUUCAAUCGGAGUUACUAUUUUCUCGGUGCCGGAGCUCCGGAGAGCUCCGACGGUGUCAAGAGAAGACGAAAAUGGUUUAGAUUUCGGCGAUGGGUAG